GUUAAAUUGCCACAUACUAUGAUGUCAAGAAAUAAUUUGGAGUCAUCUACUUGUAAGAUGACAGAGCCAUUUAAUUUUGAGAAAAAUGAAAACAAGCUUCCGCCACAUGAUUCUUUAAGAAGUCCUGGAGCACAUGCUAACCACCCUAAUUUCCGGUUGAAAAGUCCAGAGAAUGGAAAUAAAAAAAACAGUUUUUUGCUUUGUGAGCAAACCAAACCGUAUUUGGCUAGUCAGGAAGACAAUUCAGUAUCUUCAAACCCUAACAGCAUCAAUGGAGAGGUGGUUGGAUCCAAAGGAGACAGGAAGACGUUGUCAACAGGAAACUCUGUGUCCCCAUUAAAUGCCGGAAACAAUUCACCACCCAAAGAAGUAAAUAGUAAGCCUAGCAAUAACGUGCCUCCUGCAAAGUCAAAAAAAAUACACAAGUUGGUUGAGAAUUCCUUGUCCAUAAAUAAUUCAGCACUCUUCAACUCCUUAGGACCUUCUUUUCGGUCAACAACUUGCCAUCGCUGUGGCUUGUUUGGAUCGCUGAGGUGCUCACAGUGCAAGCAGACGUACUACUGCUCCACAGCGUGCCAGAGAAGGGACUGGUCCGCGCACAGCAUCGUGUGCAAACCUGUUCAACAAAAUUUCCACAAACGUGAAGAUAGUAAGUCACCUUUUGAAACAAAGAACAUGGAAGUGAAAAAUGAGGGUGAUUACCCUCUUGGAGUUACUAAAGAAAUAGCCAUUGGUGCUGAUAAAAUAAUGUUUUCUGAUUUGAGAAGUCUACAACUCAGGAAAACCAUGGAAAUAAAGGGUACAGUUACUGAAUUCAAACACCCAAGUGACUUUUAUGUGCAGUUAUAUUCUUCAGAAGUGUUAGAAUACAUGAACCAGCUCUCUGCGAGUCUAAAGGAAACCUAUGCACAUACAACUCAGGAGGAUUACAUUCCUGUUAAGGGGGAAGUUUGUGUUGCCAAGUACGCUGUUGAUCAGACCUGGAACAGAGUAAUGAUACAAGAUAUUGAUAUGCUGCAGAAGAAGGCACAUGUCUUAUAUAUUGAUUAUGGAAAUGAAGAAAUAAUUCCAGUAAACAGAAUUCACCAACUAAAUAGAAACAUUGACUUAUUUCCUCCAUGUGCCAUAAAGUGCUUUGUGGCCAGUGUUAUCCCAGCAGAGGGGAACUGGAGCAGUGAAUGUGUCAAAACGAUUAAGUCACUGUUAAUGGAGCAGUACUGCUCUGUAAAGAUUGUUGACAUCUCCAAAGAAGAAGUGGUUACCUUUGCUGUGGAUGUGAUGCUGCCCAGCUCAGGAAAACUCUUAGAUGAUGUGCUCAUAGAAAUGGGAUAUGGCUUGAAACCCAAGGGACAAAAUUCUAAGAAGCAAAGUGCAGAUGCAGAUGAUCUUGAAGAUGUUGGAAAAAUGAUAGCUGAGAACAAAAUUGUUGUGGAUAGAAGUGAUCUAAUCCCCAAAGUGUUAACUCUGAAUGUAGGCGAUAAGUUUUGUGGCGUGGUUGCCCACAUUCAGACUCCAGAAGACUUCUUUUGUCAACAGCUGCAAAGCGGACAUAAGCUCGCUGAACUUCAGGCAUCCCUUAGCGAAUACUGUGGUCAAGUGUCUCCACGCUCAGAUUUUUAUCCAACCAUUGGUGAUAUCUGUUGUGCCCAAUUCUCAGGAGUAAAGCCAUCAUUAGGAAUUUGGACUCCAGAAGCUAUUUCUUUGAUGAAGAAGAUUGUGCAGAACAAAAUGAUCACAGUGAAAGUGGCUGACAAGCUGGAGAACAGCUCCCUGGUGGAGCUCGUGGACGAAUCCGUGACACCUCACGUCAGCAUUGCGCAGGCGCUCAGGGACGCCGGCUUUGCCGUCGGGGAGGCAGGGGAGCUGGCUGAGAAACCCAGUGUCAUGAAGGAAGCCAGUGUUGCCUUGGGUAUAGAAGCAAAACUAAAUCCACUGGAGUGGACGUGGGUUGAAAUGGCUGUUGACCAAACAGUAGAUGUUGUGGUCUGUAUGAUGUACAGUCCUGGAGAAUUUUACUGCCAUGUGCUUCAAGAGGAUGCUUUAAAGAAACUCAAUGAUUUGAACAAGUCAUUAGCAGAAUAUUGCCAGCAGCAGAAGGUGCCCAGUGACUUUAAGGCAGAAGUAGGGCAACCGUGUUGUGCUUUUUUUGCAGAUAUACAGCCUAGAAACAAGCACUGGACUGAAGAAGCCAUAGCCAGAUUUCAGACGUGCAUUGCAGGGAUAAAACUCCAAGCCCGAGUGGUUGAAAUCACCGGACAGGGAGUGGGAAUCGAGCUCACUGAUCUCUCCACAUCAUAUCCCAGAAUAAUUAGUGAUGUUUUGAUUGAUGAACAUCUGGUUUUAAAAACUAGUUCGCCACUCAGAGACUUGACAAAUAAUAGAGCCAUUAGUAAAUGUGAUCUUCAAGUUGAUAUCCUGGGCCUUCAAGCCAUUUCUUCCCCUGAGCAGUGGAGGACAAUAGAAUUACCAGUUAAUAAAACUGUACAAGCAACCAUAUUGGAAAUCAUAAGCCCACACUUGUUUUAUGCUCUACCAAAUGAGAUGCCAGAAGAUCAGGAAAGAUUGUGUAUAUUGACAGCUGAAUUGUUAGAAUAUUGCAAUGCUCAGAAAAGCCGAGUGUCUUACAGACCCCAAAUCGGAGAUGCGUGCUGUGCCAGAUACACAAGUGACGACUUCUGGUACCGUGCCAUUGUUCUGGGGACAUCAGAUGCUGAUGUGAAAGUACUCUAUGCAGACUAUGGGAACACUGAAAUUCUGCCUCUUUCCAGAGUGCAGCCAAUUUCCACCAGCCACCUGGAGCUUCCUUUCCAAAUUAUUAAAUGUUCGCUUGAAGGACUAAUGGAAUUGAAUGGAAGCUGCUCUCAAUUAAUCGUAGAACUACUAAAAAAUUUCAUGUUGAAUCAGAGCGUAAUGCUUUCUGUAAAAGGAGUUAUCAAGAAUGUCCAUACAGUGUUGGUUGAGAAAUGUUCUGAAAAUGGAACUAUCAAUAUAGCUGAAAAGCUGGUGACAUAUGGUCUGGCAAAAAACAUCACAUCUAAAAAGCAAACUGCUUUAAGCACAGAAAAGACCUGCAGGAUGAAUUGCUGUUGCACAGAGUUACAGAAACAAGUUGAAAAACAUGAACAGAUUCUUCUCUUCCUCUUAAACAAUCCAACCAAUCAAAAUAAAUUUAUUGAAAUGAAAAAAUUGUUAAAAAGUUAA